AUAUAUUAAUAAUGUCGGAACCUGUUGGCGAUGCGGCAUCGCGCAAAGAGAUAAGCGGCCUGAAGCGCAUGACACAGAAAGGAUUGCGAGAUAUAUGCAAGAAGGAUAAGUUAUAUCAGACGCCCCGAUUAAAUGAUGUUCUCUAUUUGCACUAUCAGGGUUAUCAAUAUAUUGAGUGCUUGGAAGAGUACACAGAGCUCAAGUGCCUGUGGCUGGAGUGCAAUGCUAUCACGGAAAUUGAAGGUCUUGAAAAACUGAGCAAACUUCGCUGCCUGUUUCUCCAGAAUAAUCUUAUAAAGCGUAUAGAUAAUUUGAGCUUCUGUCAGGAUCUGGACACUUUGAAUCUGAGCUCAAAUCAUAUACGCAAAAUUGAGAACAUUGGUUCUGAUAUAUUGCCUGUUUUGAAUACCCUUAAUAUAUCAUCCAACUAUUUAAAGGACAUCGAAGGUCUGGCCGAUUUGGUUAAUUGCAAGAAUUUAGCUGUGUUGGAUCUGUCCAAUAACCGCAUCGAUGAUAUUUUGGUUGUUAAGAUCUUUGAACAAAUGCCAUGCCUCAAAGUUUUGGCGCUACAGGGAAAUCCGGUUGUCUCACGACUGCCCCAAUAUCGAAAGACCUUGAUAUUAUCCUGUAAAGAACUCACUUAUUUGGAUGUUCGACCUGUGUUUCCACGCGAUCGAGCCUGUGCUGAGGCCUGGAAAAAAGAUGGCUAUGAAGGCGAACGCAAAGAGAACCAGCGCUGGAAUCGCGCAGAUCGCAAGAAAAUGCGCGAUGGUGUUAAUAACACCAUAAAGUUGCGUAAUCGUCAUCGACCAGAGGGAGAACAGGAUGCGUUGAUAAGUUCAACCGAUUCCGAAGCGGAAGGCGAAAAAGAUAAACGCGGGGAAAGGACGCAAGUGAAAGCUGAUCUAGAAUAUGGUUGCGUGGACAACAUUUGGGCUGAAGUAUCUGGAGAAACUAAUGAUGACAGCUCUGGUCCCGAAGAAACUAGCGACAACUCGCAACCAGAAGAUGUGGCUGAACCAUUAGGGCGGGGUCGAAGGAAACCCUUGGAGGGACGUCCAAAAAUACUGCAUGAGUCUCAGUUCCCUGAUGGGGAAAAUAAUGAGAAAGUGGAGGAAAAUCAAGACAAACUGGAGAGCAAGGAUCAAGAGCUACAAAAAAGAAAACAUGUGCUUAUAGAGGAAAUACAAUCCGACGAUGUAGAUUUGAAACGUCAGGUUGAGAUAGGAGAAUUAAAUCAAAUUGAUAAGCAACUAGAGAGUACAGAGGAGGAAGACAAGCUUGAAGAUAAAUUAAAGAUACUCGAGGAGAAUCCAGAAGUGGCACAGUUAGCACAGUUAGCUGAUGAUAAUAAGGAGAAGCUAGAGAGCAAGGAUCGAGGACCACUAAAAGGAAAACGUGUGCUUAUAGAGGAAAUUCAAUUCGAUGAUAUAGAUUUGGAUCGUAAGAUUGAGGUCAAUGAAGCAAAAGAGACAGGCAAGCUUGAAGAUAAAUUAAAGAUAAUAAAGGAAAAUCAAGAAGUACUCAACGAUGUUGAUAAUAGAGAGAAACUGGACGGCAGGGAUAAAAAAUCAACCAAAGGAAAACGUGUGCUUAUAGAGGAAAUUCAAUUCAAUGAUAUAGAUUCGGAACGCAAAGAAGCAAAUAUAAUGAAAAAACAAGUGGAGAAGGAUCAAGAGCUACAGGAAGGAAAACGUGUGCUCAUUGAGGAAAUUCAAUUUGAUAAUAUAGAUUUGGAACGUAAGAUUGAGUUCAAGGAAGCAAAAGAGACAGGCAAGCUUGAAGAUAAAUUAAAGAUACUAAAGAAAAAUCAAGAAGUCCUCUAUAAGGAGAAGCUAGAGAGCAAGGAUCAUGAACCACAAAAAGGAAAACGGGUGCUUAUAGAGGAAAUUAAAUUCAGUGAUAUAGAUUUGGAUCGUAAGAUUGAGGUCAAGGAAACAACAGAGGAAAACAAUAUUGAAGGUACAUCUCUUGAGGAAGUUAACCUAACAAUGACAAAGGAAGAAGUUCAACAAAAGGAACUGAAAGCAGAGACCACAAAAAUUUCGAAUAAUAGCACUGAGAAUGUUGACAGAGAAACGGAGCUAAAACAAUUUCCAGAUCUUACAACUGAAACAGAAUUGAAUCUUGAGCAAUUACCAGAUCUUACAGCCAGAUCUGAGCCAGAUAGUGGCUCGGAACUGGAUGAAAAAACUGCAGCAGAUCUAACGAAAUCUUAUGAAGAAUUUAGCGCUUUAGUUUAUGGCAAUGCUGGCGAACCAACUCCCGAGCAAAUUAAGCAGCAAUCUAUAGAUAGAAUGUACAAAUCCUAUGCAAGCGAAAUAUUUGUGGAGCAACCCGAAUUUAGCGAGGAAAUGUAUGAAGAGGAAAUAAGCGAUUGGAAUAUUGAGCAAAAGAUGAAUGAUUGCAAGGAACCUUCGGUCUAUCCGAAGAAAGCUGAAUGUAGUCCAACCAAAACUAAGGAACAAUUGGAUUUCGAAGCAGAAUGCGUCGAGGCAAAUGAAUUGGUGGAACGCAACAUUGAAGAGCUGAGCAGUCAGUUGACAGAGGAUUUAGAGGAGCUUCAGCAACCGUUAUAUCAGCGGCAUGAAGAGCUGACUGAGACAAUGAAAAGCACCAGUUCCGAUGAGGAGAGAGAAGCGGAUAAGAAAAAGUGCAUAGAGCUGACAACUGUAGUGCGAUCCUUGCGCAUUAGCGAAGAGUUUAGUUUGCGACGCGAACGCAUUAAACAGGACAUGAAAAUGCAAGAAAAUAAGGACGAAAAUCAACAAAUACCCAAAACACAGAUAGAAGAGAAAACAAAUGUCCUCGCUUGUGACAAAGAUGCCGAAGCAGUUGAUGCUGCCUUGGCCAAGUUCAUUGACGAUUGUGCUGAUGACGUGCCGCGUCGUGUUUUUGGAGCUGGCUGCGAUGCACCCAGCUAUAAAUGGCAUCAAGAGGAAUGCAUGCGGCAAUUAACUGUAAGGCAGAAGCAGAUCCACGUCGAUGAAGACCUGUACCAGGUACAACCGGUAAAUGAGAAAACUAGUGCCCAAGAGGCGAGCGAAAUUUGUGAGCAAAUGAGUCAAAAAUUGGCCGAUGAUGAAGCUGGGCUACGUGAACUGCUUCAGCAGCUGGAGGAUGAGGCAGAUGUAAUGUACGAUAUUACAAGCACUAUGGGUGAUGAUGAUGAUGAUAAUGGUGAACUGUCCAGACUGCCGGAGCCACCCAUUACGGAAGUGUGUACAUCGAUUCUAGAUGAGCUCAUCGGUGAGUUGCAGUACCAGGAAGUGAUCAAUAGUCAGAAUAUCAAAUGCUUUGAUUUUGGCUUAAUUGAAUCGGAUGAGGAGUAUAGCUAUUCGGCCACACCCAAUGUUGAGCCGCUCGUUCCACCGGAACUUGUUAAUCUGGUUGGCGGUAAAACCAUACGUGAAUGCCUCGAUUCCUUUGGCAGCUUUCUCGGCUCGGUGGCCGAGCGCAAGGAGGAAAGAAAACUGCAAAGUAAACCCACAAGUAGUUCGGAAAAAUUGCAUGCUGCCAAGGAACUGCUAAAAGGAAAGAAUACGAAAUUGAAAUGGGAGAAGGCUGAGAAGCUGGAUGCUCACUUGGCCAAGAUGGAGAAGCUGGCCAAAAAACGUGCCUCGACUAUUGCAACCCGUUGCUAUGCGAAGCGUGAGAACCUCGAGGACUCGCUGGAAGUGAUUGAUAAUAAGCUGGUGAUUGUCAAGAAGGAUACCGGCUUAGUGGAGGAUCUGCCGCCGCCUCCGGAUUUGCUCAAUAUCAGCGAGAGUGAGAGUGAAAGUGAUAGUGAUAGUUCAGAUGGAGUGGCUGGUUAUGUUACGGCCGAGGAGGGUCAAGCAACCGAACUAGACAAAGAAAGACGCAACUCUCGCUAUUCCUGGCCGAAGGCUGGCCAAGAUGAACUAACAUCCAAUGCUCAAUUGAAUCAAAAUGAGUUGAUGGCAGACAACAGCCUGGGCGAGCCAUCGAUAGAUCAAUUCUACUCACUCGAGGCAAGGGCCACCUUCAGUGCGCUGGAUGAGGAGCUUAAAGAGAAACUGGAUCUGCAAAAGGCCCUCGACAGUGAUGGGGAAAUAACCGAGGAAAGUUUGCGCAGCAUGGAUGAAUUGAGAGCCAACUUGAAAUCAAAGUACCCGGAAAUAAUUGAGCCAAAUCCAUUGGCUCUGGUCAAACAGGAUGAGAUGCUAGAAGGUUUGCUGGACCGCAAAAGAUUGCACGAUGAACGCGAACGUCAGCGACUGAACGCGAAUGUGGAGAAAGCUGAAGAAGAUCAAGAGCCUAAAGGUCAAUCCGAACGAGAAGGUCACCCUACAACCUUAACCCAAAAUGUGGUUGAUCCGGUAGAAGAGGAUGGAGAGCAAGAGGAAGAAGAGACACAAGAUUUAGUUUGCGACAAGGAUUUGGGUAUAGCUCAAUUGACGCUGGGUUCAUGUAAGUUAUACGAAUUGAAGAGUGAACUACCAGAAAUGAAGGAGGAAAUAGUAAACAGAGAGCAGAAAGAGGAAAUCGACGAUCAACCAAGAGAAUUUGGGCAAAAGUCUUCUGAAAAUGGAAAAGUUAUUGAGGAACCCAAUGAAAAACACAGUGCACCAACAACUGUUGAUAAGACACCUGAAGGCCGAACUCUACAAACUGAAAAUAAAUGGAAUACAAGCAUAGAUGAUGAUAUUGUAUCCGAUGACUCCACUGACUAUGAAUCAGGCGAAGAUAUAUCUGUUGUAGAGCCACCUCUGCUACCCGAGGGUGUGCUCGAUGAAUUAUUUAGCAAUCAAUUUGAAGAUGGCCUAAAACUCGAACGGGAAAACGAGCAAACUUUGUGCAAAAAGUUUUUCAAACUGCCCUUAGACGCUUGGACAGCCCAAGAACAAAUCAAAUCCAGUUGUGUGACUCAAGAAGAUGAAAAACUGGUGAAUGAGGAAGCAAUUGCAGCAGUCACCGAUGUGGACGAAGAAAGCUCAGAUCUGAAAGCUGAUAAUAAUACAACCAAAAUAUCAGAAAAGCCAAUUAAACAAGAAGCGAAAGAUCAAAGUACGGAUUCCGAUACAGAUGAUGGUGCUAUAGGCGAACUACAACGUAAUGCCAAGCGCCAAUGGGCCAAGAUAUCAGAGAAACUGAAUGAGUUCAUAAAUUCAGAUGAUAUGCAAUUGCUGGAAAAUAGUCAAUUCAAUGAGAACGAUAGCAAUGGCGAAGAUGACGACGAAUUAGAGGCGAGUCUGAGAAAACUUAAUGAAGUUUAUCAACAAAGUAAACAAACUAUUGAACUGAAUAAAUCUCGGGAAUCAACUGGCAAUGGUUCCGGCGAUAAGAUUAACCAAUCUGACAACAAAUUGGCAAAUAAAAUGCACGAAAUUGAUCUGGACAAUGGUUCCGGUGAUAAGAUUAAACCAUGUGAUGGUAAAUCACACGAAACUAAUCAAGAGAAUGGGAAUGUCGAGGAAUCAAAGCUAGCAGUAGAAGACAUAAAUCCUGCUGAGGAAUUACCUCAAUCAACUGCAGACGACGCUCAAUCCACUUUAAGACUGGAUUACUUUGAAGCUUUGGAGCCGGAUAAUUCGGAGACCGAUUUUAGCAAAGCGGCCGAGUUAAAGACCGACAAAAUCGAGUGUAAUCUGGAGAUCCUAAAUGAGGAUGGUGAUAUUGUGCUUCAAGAGGUCAGCGUCGAUGCACAAGUUACCUACGAACUUAAAUAAGUGACGGAUAUGCUUUGAAAUUUGUCAAUUAUAAUUUGAAUAAUUAUUUUAUUA